AUGGGCUCCAUCGCCCCCCAAGACACCACCCCAGCCCAGACCGCAACGGUCCCCUCGCCCUUCCGCACCCGCAUCCUAAACGGCCAAAUCUGCCCCGUGCUCACCCUCAAAUUCUGGACCGGCAACGAAGCAGCCCUCAUGGCGCGCAUGGCCGGCUUCAACGCAAUCUUCAUCGACAUGGAGCACUCGGCCCUAAACUUCCAAACAGUCGCGCAGCUGAUACUGGCGUGUCUGGGCGUCGGAAUCUCCCCGAUCGUGCGGUCCCCCUCGAAAUCACACUGGCACAUCAGUCGCAUCCUGGACGCGGGCGCCGCAGCCGUCGUGGUCCCGCAUGUUGAUUCUGUGGCGGAAGUCCGUGAGCUAGUUAGGCACGCGAAGUACGCACCGCUCGGGGCAAGGGGGUCCGCGAAUAACCAGCCGAUAUUGGGAUUCCGGAACUUACCGACAGCUGUGCAGAACGAGGUGUUGAAUCGGGAGACGAUGCUUAUUCCGAUGGUUGAGACGCCGGGCGCUGUGGAGGUGGUUGAGGAGUAUCUUGCUGUUGAGGGGGUUGAUGGGAUUCUGGUUGGAUCGAAUGAUUUGUGUAGUGACCUGGGGAUCCCCGGGCAGUAUGAUAGCCCUGUUUAUCAGGCGGCUGUGGAGAAGGUUGUCCUUGCUGGUAAGAAGGCCGGCAAGCCGAUUGGGAUUGGGGGGAUUGGGGGGCGGCUGGAUCUGCUGGAGAGGUGGUUUGCGCUGGGUGCGACGUGGUCGCUUAGUGGUGGUGACGGGGCGAUUUUACAGGCCGGGAUGAAGAAGAUUACGCAGAGCUACGAGGAGAUCAGUGCGCGGGUCGAGAAGCAGAGGGCCUUGGGCAAGUGA